ACAUAGCAUCUCUUUUGCUUAAUCGUGUCCACUACGCGUGCUCUUGUCCUAUAAGAAGCACCCCGCUCCCCUCACAACACUCAGAAAUCAUAUCAAGAGCCUUUCGCAUUCGAUCCAACUUUUCAUUUUGAGACUUCACUUUGCUCUGCUUUCAUUGAUUGAAUUCAAGUUCCUUAAUUUUCUUCUGUUUGAUCGGAAAUGGCCGAGCAACACGACCAACAACACCACCACCACCACGUCGAGGAGAAGAGCGGAGAGGUGCCGGUUGAGACCACGGAUCGGGGGUUGUUUGAUUUCAUGGCGGUGAAGCAGAAAGAGGAGUGUUGUGAAGAGAUCAAGACGACUCAUCACGUGGAGGAGAAGGACGAGGUGAUCGGGGCGGAGUUCGAGAAGUUACACGUGUCGGAGGCGGAGCCCAAGGUGGAGGAGCACAAAGAUCAGGAAGAGAAGAAAGGGAGUCUGUUGGAAAAGUUCCACCGUUCCGAUAGCGCCAGCUCAAGCUCCUCGAGCGAUGAGGAGGAGGGAGGAGAGAAGAAGGAGAAGAAGAAGAAAAAGAAGGGAUUGAAGGAGAAGAAGGAGAAGGAAGAGAAGCACGAGGAGGACACGAGUGUCCCGAUCGAGAAGUGCGAAGAGGAGGCAGUGGCUCAGCCAGAGGAGAAGAAGGGAUUCCUUGACAAGAUCAAGGAGAAAUUACCAGGGCAGCACAAGAAGACCGAAGAGGCCGUGGUUGCUCCACCGCCUCCGGUCAUGGUUGAGUGCUACGCCGCUGAAGAGAGCAGUCAGGCUGGUCAUGAGGCAGAUCAGCCCAAGGAGAAGAAGGGGUUCUUGGAGAAGAUCAAAGAGAAGAUUCCUGGGUACCACCCCAAGAGUCCGACUAGCAGUCCUUCUGAGGAAGAAAAAGAGAAGGAAAAAGAUUAAGAAGAAGAAAAAAGAGACAAUUACUACAUAUGAAUUGCGUUUACAUCUUGUUGCUUGGUGAUUCAAAAUAGUUUUUUGUUUUUCUUGUUUUUAUUUGGUUUGAUCUGAUGAAGUAGCUAUGUAUGGGUGCUUCUAUGUUUUGAUUUUAUUGGGGUUGAUUUUGAGUUGCUGGAGGGGGUGGUCAUCUUUUGUCUUUUGAUUUGGUUUGGCAUUUGCACAGUUUUAAUACAAAAUUGGUGACUUUCCCUUUUGUAA